GGUGCGUGUAAAGAGCGUGUGUGCGUGUGUGCGUGCAUGCGUGCGUGUAUGUGUGUGUGUGUUUUAGAGACUGUAUAAAAUUCUCUGCUGUGGUAUACCAUAGUGAGGGAUGGUUUUCACAUUUUAACACAAUGAAGGCAUUCACUGCAGCUCUACUUUUGAUCAUUUUGAUCAUGCUGCGGUGUUCCUGUGCUUUGAGUCCCACAGAUUGCAAUGCUACUGAAUCCCUGGCUGGAAAAGCUCUAGAUCUGAUCAAUAAAGGACGUCGGAGUGGCUACCUUUUCCAGUUGCUGCGGGUCGCUGAUGCCCACUUGGACAAAGUGGAAUUUGCGUCUGUCUAUUAUUUAGUCUUAGAUGUGAAAGAAUCCGACUGCCCAGUCCAAUCCAGGAAAUACUGGGAUGACUGUGAGCCAGCUGUUUCUAGACGUCCAUCUGGUAUAGUGAUUGGACAAUGUAAGGUAAUUGCUACGACAUGCUUGAAUGAAUCUCAGGAUCUUAGAGUGAAUGACUUUAACUGCACCACAAGUUCUGUCUCUUCUGCACUGGCCAAUACUAAAGACAGCCCCGUACUCUUCGAUUUCUUUGAGGAUACUGAGCUCUACAGAAAACAAGCAGACAAGGCCCUUGAGGAGUACAAAAGGAAGAAUGAUGACUUUGCCUCUUUCAGAGUGGACCAAGUGGAGAGAGUUGUAAGAGUGAGAGGAGGGGAAAGAACCGGUUACUAUGUGGACUUCUCUGUGAGGAACUGCUCCAGUCACCAUUUUCCUAAGCAUUCUCAUGUCUUUGGAUUCUGCAAAGCAGAUUUGUCCUAUGAUGUAGGAACCUCUGACAUGGAAAGUCCAAAAGAUAUUGUGAUAAACUGUGAAGUCUUCAACCUUAAGGAAUACAGAAACAUCAGUGAUGUACGACCGCAUCUGGGCCAUCUACUCCACUCUGGUGGGCAUGAGCAUUCUCCUGCUGGCAAGCCCCCAUUUAAGCCCAGUAGAUCCAGAGAUUACCACCAUCCUCACAAGCCACAUAAACUUGGAUGCCCACCUCCUCUAGAAGACAAAAAUCACUCAGGCAAACCACAAUUUCAAUCAGGAGCUCCUCCACUAUUGUCCCCUUCAAGAUGUCACCACCUCCACUUUGGUACCAAUUGCACUCAUGCACCCCUUCAUAAUCAUAGUUCCAGUGAGCAUCAUCCCCAUGGACAUAGACCUCAUGAGCAUCAUCCCCAUGGACACAGACCUCAUGAGCAUCAUCCCCAUGGACACAGACCUCAUGAGCAUCAUCCCCAUGGACAUAAUCCUCAUGAGCAUCAUCCCCAUGGACACAGUCCUCAUGAGCACCAUCCCCAUGGACACCAUCCCCAUAGACACCAUCUCCAUGGCCAUGAUUUCCAUGACCAGGGACCCUGUGACCCACCACCCCAUAGCCAAGAUUCCCAAGACCACCAUCGCUGGGGCCAUGGCCCACCACCAAGGCACUCAGAAGAAAGAGGUUCAGGUAAAAGACACUUUCCCUUCAAAUGGAGACAAAUUGGAUAUGUUUACCGACUCCCUCCACUAAAGAAAGGUGAAGUUCUUCCUCUUCCUGAAGCCCAUUUUCCCAUCUUGUCAUUGCCAAACCACAAUAAUCCUCUAAAGCCAGAAAUUCAGCCCUUCCCUCAAUCAGCCUCUGAAUCAUGUCCAGGGACGUUCAAGAGUGAAUUUUCACAAAUCUUGAAGUUUUUUGCAUAUACAUUUCCAAAAGAAAAAUCUGAGUUACUUGAAAAAUGAAUAAUGUUCUAAAUUAGAACCAUUAAUAAAAUGGCUAUUUUAUUAAUGACAAAUGCAAAAGUACAAGUUGUUUUAACCUUACGUUCAUAUUAAGGUUAGGACAAACUGUGGGUGGCGGAGAAGAUGACAUGAGAAGAGCCAGGAGAGAUCUUAGUCACACAAGUCGGAAGUUAAUUCUCCCACUGACCAAUAUACCACUUGAGGCAAAUCUCUGAUCCUUGGAAUUUCUUUAUUUCCUGGACUUAACUCCUUUAAUUCUAGCCUCUUUCCUCCGUUAGUACUUAUGCUGUAGCUGGGCAUACCAAGAAGAUAUGUAUUAUCAUGUAAAGGAUUAUUCUUAUAAAAGUGAUGUAAAUUCUCUCCUAUUUCUUAUUUGUAGUCCUCUAAAUAUAUUUUCAGGAAAAAAAAUAAGUUCUAAAUUUAAUUAUGAAGCAAAAGAAGUUUGGGCUAUAAUUUGCAAAGAAGUUUACAGAAAUAAACCAUAAAUUCAGAUGCAC